AUGGCACACUCGGGUCUUCAACUGUUGGGGUUCACCAUGGCCGCUCUGGGGUGGGUGGGACUGAUAGUCUGCACCGCGAUCCCUCAGUGGCAGAUCAGCUCCUAUGCGGGGGACAACAUCAUUACUGCCCAGGCGAUGUACAAGGGGCUCUGGAUGGAAUGCGUCAGCCAGAGCACCGGACUAAUCAACUGCAAGACGUACGACUCAGUCUUGGCUCUGCCUGCUUCCCUGCAGGCCACCCGGGCCCUAAUGGUGGUAUCUCUGGUUUUGAGCUUCCUAGCCAUGAUGGUGGCCACCAUGGGCAUGAAGUGUACACGAUGUGGGGGUGAUGACAAGGUGAAGAAGGCUCGAAUUGCCAUGACAGGUGGCAUAGUCUUCAUUGUGGCUGGUCUUGCUGCCCUUGUUGCUUGUUCCUGGUAUGGCCACCAAAUAAUAACAGAUUUUUAUAAUCCACUGGUCCCUAUGAAUACUAAGUAUGAAUUUGGAUCUGCUAUUUUCAUUGGCUGGGCUGGCUCUGCCCUGAUUAUCUUGGGGGGUGCACUCCUUUCUUGCUCUUGCCCAGGUAGUGAGGGCAAAGCAGGGUACCGGACUCCUCGAUCUUACCCCAAGCCAAACUCUGCCAAGGAGUAUGUAUGAAAGAGCAGAAUUCUUUAUAUACAAUCCCCUUCCCCCUCCCAACCCCCUAAAACCAGGGCCUGAAAUAUAAUUCAAGGUAGGGAUGAGGAAACCAGAAGAGAGAGCUGAGGCAAUGGGGAAAUGGGAGGGACAGAGUUCUCCAGGACCUUCUAAUUACUCUUGAUGUAGUGUACUAGAAGUGUACAUCUCCAGGGGCAUUAGGAAGGGGAGGUGGGAGGUAGGUAAAAGGUACGAGUUGUUCUUUUUGUAUAAUAAUAAAGAAGUUUGUUUUUUGGACCAUGGCUUUACCCCCAUUCUCCACUGGGUCCAGACAUCUAACACUGGCCCUCUCUUAUUCAUUUCAACCUGUGCAGUCUUUUCCCUAAGGUAUUCAGCCUCUGUUCCCAAUUGAGGUUCUAUACCUGUUUGCCUCUACUUAUUAUGUGGGUUACCUCCCAUAGCUAUCUCAGUGUUUAUAUUGUUUGUUUAUUUCCGUUAUGAUGUCUCAAUACCAAACUCUUCCUAAGUUCAUCUGAGUUACUUUGGUCACAAUUCCAAAACCAUUCCCCAAUCCUAGGCUUUUGUUCUUUGCAGAGGUGAAGAGAUUUAGCUCUUUCCCUUACACAUAUUCCUCAUUUUCUAGCUUUCUGUAUGAAUGCAUUUUUGGUGUGAAAUUUAAAAUAGCCCAUCCUACUUUUUAACCUGGGAAAGAGCUGCUCUACUGAAACAGGUCAGUGAUAAUCUCCAAAAGAUGUACAAAAGAAAAGGAUGAAAGUAAAAAGGUGCCAGGAUGAUCAUCUUCCAGCCCUAAUAGGUCCUAUGCACAUGUCAAGCAGUUGCUAUACAAUAGUAUCAUCAUUCAUUCAUCUGCUUUGAUUCAGUUGUCCUCAAUGGGCCAAAAAAGGGGGGGGGGGGUGAACCAACACAAUAUAUGUAGCACAUGUAGAAUCUGCCAUUCCUCUCGGAGUACAAGCCCAGGAAUGAGGGGUGAAUUCCUUCUCUUGAACCUGUAGAAGGAAUGAGAAGGGAAGUUGUUACCUUUCUUAGAGGUUUUGAUGAGUGUUCCUUUGGACUUUCUUGUGAAAAAGAAAAAACUUAAUAUGGUGGUAUGAUCCAACUUUAAAAGAAUAAUACAUGUAAAACACUUUUGAGAUAUGUUUACCCUUAGUCAUUGGAUUUAUGUUUACCCUUAGUCAUUGGAUUUCCUUAUUAGUUAAGAACUUAUUUUGAGAAGACUAGUAACUCUUUUGAUGAACAGUAAAGUUUUGGUGAAACAAGGUAGCACAGUGGCCCAGGCCUGAAGGGGGGAGGAGCUGGGUUAAAAUCUGGCCUCAGAGACACUUUCUAGCUGUGUGACCCUUGGCAAAUCACUUAAUGCCCAUUACCUAGCCCUUACUGAAGUUCUCCCUAGGAACAAAUACACAGUAUUGAUUCUAAGAUGGGAGAUAAGGUUUGUUUUUUUAAUUUAAAAAAGUAAAGUUGGGUAUAAUGAAAAAUAAAAUUUAUUUUAAACUA